AUGACUAAAGUUGCAGCUCCGCAGAAAAAGAAAAGAAAAGACUUCAUACCUUACUUUCUGGGAUUUGUCAUAUUUUUGUAUUGCACGGUGCAUCUUGUGUCGUUUACGGCGCGGACGGCUCGGGAAGGCCGCCCUGCCAGGCUGCGUCGGGCUCUGGAGAAUGAGACUGAAUGCAUCUCGCCACAGUCCUCCGAGUUUCCUGACGGCUUCUUCACGGUGCAGGAGAGGAAGGACGGAGGGCUCGUCAUUUAUUUCAUGCUCGUUUUCUACAUGCUGCUGGCUGUGGCAAUAGUCUGCGACGAUUACUUUCUGCCAUCCUUAGAAGUCAUCAGUGAGCGUCUGGGACUGUCUCAGGACGUAGCAGGAGCCACAUUUAUGGCGGCUGGGAGUUCUGCACCUGAACUGGUCACAGCCUUUCUGGGUGUGUUCGUGACCAAAGGAGACAUUGGGGUCAGCACCAUCGUGGGAUCGGCGGUCUACAACCUGCUUGGAAUCUGUGCAGCGUGUGGACUCUUGGCCUCUAUGGCAGGGCGACUCACCUGUUGGCCGCUGUUCAGGGACUGCCUGGCGUACGGCAUCAGCGUUGCCGCCGUCAUUGCCAUCAUAUCUGAUAACAAGGUGUACUGGUACGACGCUGCCUGUCUGCUGCUGGUCUACGGCGUCUACAUCGUGGUCCUGUGCUUCGACCUUCGCAUCAGCGAGUUUGUCCUGAGGAAGGUGAGCCCUUGCUGCACCUGUCUGGGUCAAGGAUCCGGCGAGAAGACGGAGACACAGCCUCUGAUGGGCUGGAGCGAAGACACCAGUCUGCGGGUCCACAGUCGCUCCAGGACAGACAGCGGGAUCUUCCAGGACGACUCAGGGUACUCUCACCUGUCCCUCAGCCUGCACGGACUCAAUGAGAUCCCUGACGAGCAUAGGAGCGUGUUUGCCGUGCCGGACAGCGACCUGAAACGGGUCCUCUGGGUUCUGUCGCUGCCCAUCAUCACUCUGCUUUUCCUGACCAUCCCUGACUGCAGGAGAAGGUUCUGGAAGAAAUGGUUCAUGGUGACCUUCCUCAUGUCAGCUGUCUGGAUCUCAGGCUUCACAUACGUGCUGGUGUGGAUGGUCACUGUCGUCGGUGAGACCCUUGGCAUCCCUGACACAGUAAUGGGACUCACUCUGCUUGCAGCUGGAACCAGUAUACCUGACACCGUGGCCAGUGUGAUGGUGGCCAGAGAAGGGAAAGCCGACAUGGCCAUGUCCAACAUUGUGGGCUCUAAUGUUUUUGACAUGCUGUGCCUGGGCCUGCCCUGGUUCAUCAAGACCGCCUUCGUGGACACCAGCAACCCCGUAGAGGUCAACAGCACCGGACUCGUCUUCAUUUCCUGCACACUCCUCCUUUCCAUCGUCUUCCUUUUUGUAGCCGUUCAUAUUAACGGAUGGAAGUUGGACUGGAAGUUGGGAAUCGUUUCUCUCAUCUGCUACAUCCUCUUUGCUACUCUGUCCAUCCUGUAUGAGCUGGGGAUUAUUGGGAAUAAUCCUAUAAGAUUGUGCAGUGACUGA